AUGAACGCGGAGAGGGGCGAGCCGCUGAUCAUCGAUACGUGCAACACUACAGUCCACGCGAUAGGCUGGAAAGAUGAGGACCGGCAGAUGCGCUUCAUGCAGAAAGAUGGCACGUUUCCUGUAGUUUUCCAGAAGGCCCCUGGACACUGGAGCCCAUUCCUGAUGGACAUCUUCACUACUCUAGUGGAGAUCCGCUGGAGGGUGAUGUUCCUCAUCUUUUUCCUCUCUUACAUUCUCUCUUGGCUCUUUUUCGGUCUCUGUUUUUGGCUCAUUGCGCUUGUGCACGGGGACGUGAGCGAUGUGGAUAACAAACCGUGCGUGGACAACGUGCGCGGCUUUACUGGAGCCUUUUUGUUCUCAAUGGAGACCCAGGCGACGAUUGGCUAUGGCUUCAGAGGGAUGACAGAGAACUGUAUUGUAGCCAUCAUUCUGGUGACAGUUCAAGAUGUCUUUAGCUGCCUCCUUGACACCAUCAUCAUUGGUGUUGUUGUUGCUAAAAUGGCCUGUGCACGUAAAAGAGCUCAGACGGUUGGUUUUAGCAAAUGUGCGGUGGUCAACCUGCGAGACGGCAAUCUGUGUCUGUCAUGGCGACUUGGGGACUUCAGGGGAAAUCACAUCCUGGAGGGCGUCGCCAGGGCCAUGUUAGUCCGCUAUGUGAAACAGCCACUGGGAACUAUUGUGAUGUCAUACCAGGACUUGCACAUCCGCAACAAAGACAUCGUCCUCGCCACACCGGCCACCAUUAUCCACCAGCUGGAGCCUGGCAGUCCCCUCUACAGCCUGGGCCCCGACGACAUGCUGCGAGACAACUUUGAGCUGGUGGUGUCUUUCACCUACACCGGCGACUCUACGGGUAUGCUCCACCAGACUCGAACCUCAUACACACCAGCGGACAUCCACUGGGGCCAGCGCUUUCAGGAAAUGAUGAAACUGGGCAGGAGGCACUACACGGUGGACUAUGCUCUGUUCAAUGUGACCACGAGGGUGCCGGGGCCCCUGCUCAGUGCAGAGGAGUUUCACCGGAGAGGAUGUCCAGCAGAGGGCAGUCAGUCCCACGGUCCUGUCUCUGCACCGGGCAAGAGAGUCAGACACACUGGCUCAGGGAAUCCUGACAUCACUGAGGAAGUGAUGCAGCAAACUUCUUUUUAG